GCGCUCGCGAGGGAGGCGGGAGUGGCGGCGGCUGACAACCUUUGCGUGACGUCAGGUUACCUCGCGCUCCGGCGGCUCUGGGGCCUCGCGGAGGCGCGCGAGCGGGUUGAGCCGAAGGGGCGGUUGGAAUCGGCCGAGGCCGCUCGCUCCGGGUUGGUUCGUGAGCUUUUAUGCAGGAAGGAAGGGGGAGCUUUCUCAUACUUCAACCUCCUUUUGAGUUUUUUUUAUAUGUGUGCAGGGAUCAUUUCGUGCAUCGAGUCGGUGCAGAAAGCAGUGUUUUUUUAAACCUCCACCCUGUGUGUUUUUUUUACAACCUGCCGCAUAAUGUCGACAGACAGAGAACAAUGGAUAUUCUCGGCAUUGCGGGGAUAAACGCUGACCGUAGGGAAUAAGAGUGCGUUUUCUUUUUGCAUUCAUCCAACAAAAAAAACCCUCGGCGGCAUUGCUUUCCCUCAUCAUCACCCCUACCUUUGCCCCUAUCCCCUUCCUCCCGCACGAAGCUUUUCGUUUAAAAUUUAGACGAACGAACGCAACUGCUCGGCGGGUUUAGGGUUUGCCUAGGCUUUCCACCCCCUCCCUCCGAAGAGACUGUGAAGGUAUUUUAUCCUUUCGUUUGUGGAGCCCAACUGUUUUUAUUGGAAAAAUGGAGGCUGUUAUAGGGAAGGAAUGCAGUGCGCUUGGUGGACUGUUUCAGACCAUUAUCGGCGACAUGAAGGGAAGUUACCCAAUCUGGGAAGACUUUAUUAGCAAAGCGGGUAAGCUGCAGUCCCAACUAAGGACCACUGUGGUGGCUGCUGCUGCUUUUUUGGAUGCCUUUCAGAAAGUGGCAGAUAUGGCUACGAAUACCCGUGGUGCAACAAGAGAGAUUGGUUCAGCAUUAACCAGAAUGUGUAUGAGACACAGAAGCAUUGAGGCUAAACUUCGUCAGUUCUCAGCAGCUUUGAUCGAUUGCCUGAUAAAUCCGCUGCAGGAUCAAAUGGAAGAAUGGAAGAAAGUGGCCAAUCAGCUCGACAAGGACCAUGCAAAAGAAUAUAAGAAAGCUCGUCAAGAAAUCAAAAAGAAAUCAUCUGAUACAUUGAAACUUCAGAAAAAAGCAAAGAAAGGAAAAGGAGACAUUCAACCUCAGCUGGACAGUGCUUUGCAAGAUGUAAAUGACAAAUAUCUUCUGCUCGAAGAAACAGAAAAGCAAGCUGUUCGUAGAGCCCUCAUCGAGGAACGUAGUCGUUUCUGUGCUUUUGUUUCUAUGCUGCGACCUGUGGUUGAAGAAGAAAUGUCAAUGCUAGGGGAAGUAACCCAUCUGCAAACUAUUGCAGAUGACCUGACUAAUCUGACAAUGGAUCCUCACAAACUACCAACAGCCAGUGAGCAGGUAAUUAUUGACCUGAAGGGCUCUGAUUAUAACUGGACAUACCAAACCCCUCCGUCUUCUCCAAGCACCACCAUGUCCAGGAAGUCUAGUGUCUGCAGCAGUCUGAACAGCGUUAACAGUAGUGACUCCAGAUCCAGUGGAUCCCACUCUCACUCUCCCACUUCACACUAUCGCUACCGCAGCUCCAACCAGCCGCAACAAGUUCCAAUGAGGCUGUCCAGUGUAUCAUCCCAUGACUCUGGCUUCAUGUCCCAGGAUGCAUUCCAGUCCAAGUCCCCUUCCCCAAUGCCACCAGAAGGAACCAACCAGAAUUCAUCAAGCUCUGCCUCCUCUGAAGCUUCUGAAACGUGCCAAUCAGUUAGUGAGUGCAGCUCACCCACUUCAGUAAGCUCGGGUUCUACAAUGGGAGCCUGGGCAUCAACAGAAAAGUUGACAAAUGGGUUUGAUCACUUCAAUUCAUCUAGUGAACCAUACCUUGCCUCAGUUGGUACACGCUUUCUCCCACAUUUUCAGCCCUGUUCCCGACCCUGUUCCAGACCUUGUUCAGCAGUUCUCCCAGUUUAUCCUCAUUAUUAUACCAUUGGGCCUGGCAUGUUUCCAUCAUCAGUUCCUAGCUGGAAGGACUGGGCAAGACCAGGUCCCUAUGAUCAGCCAGGUGUAAACACUCUACCAAAGCGUAAAGACACAGAGCAGCGUCGAGAUACUGAACCUAAGGCAACAGCAUCCAUUGGCCAGAACGUACAGAUGGAUGAGGUUCAGAGAACUCGAAGUAUGACUGUCUCCACUGCUGCAAAGCAGGGGGAGGAAGUAGAAACUCAUGAAGAAUUAGCAUUGGCCUUGAGCCGAGGUCUUCAACUGGAUACGCAGAGGAGCAGUAGGGAUUCCUUACAAUGCUCCAGUGGAUACAGCACACAGACUACCACACCAUGCUGCUCAGAAGACACAAUUCCUUCGCAAGUUUCAGAUUAUGAUUACUUCUCGGUUAGUGGUGACCAAGAUGUUGAACAGACUGAGUUUGACAAGUCCUCCACCAUUCCACGAAAUAGUGAUAUAAGCCAGUCCUAUCGCCGCAUGUUCCAGGCAAAGCGCCCUGCAUCCACAGCAGGCUUGCCCACAAACUCUGGACCAGUGAUGACUCCAGGCGUUGCUACAAUUAGGCGGACGCCUUCAACCAAACCCUCAGUCCGAAGAGGAACUGUAGGUGCAGGCCCAAUACCGAUUAAGACCCCUGUGAUUCCUGUUAAAACACCAACUGUGCCUGAAGCAAGUGGGUCUUCUGGCAUGCAGCCUGGGCCAGAGGAGUGCUCAGAACAGGGUCCUGAGACUGCAGAAAGCAAUACAUCUUCACCUCCAUGCACGCAGGCACCUGUCACCCCACCUGUGCCAGCCCAGUCCAUAAACCCCACAGAAGAAGAGAGGCAGUCUGCAAUGAGCCAACAGAUGACAACAGUACUUGGAGCCCCCAACUUGGCUCCCACUUUGGCACCUGCAGCAGGGGAUCACUCUGGUGUAGCUUUGAGCCUGCAGGAGCCAGAUGCAUCAAGUGAGAGUUCCACGGCCCCCUUGCCUCCGCAAGGUGAAGACAUGCUCAGCGCCAUCCGACGGGGAGUAAAACUGAGAAAAACAACUACUAAUGACCGUUCGGCCCCAAGAUUUUCAUAAAUGUGCAGAUUAUAGUGUGGAGAUUAAGGUAGGGGUCUCUGUGAUCUGGAGAAAUCCAUUCCAGUGUGUAUUUGGGGAAAAAUGAUUCUCUCAGUAACGUACCACCAUGUAUAUUCUUUGAGAAGCCCAUGAGAGAGGAGACUGGUGGAAUAAAGGGGAAAAGGCAGUUGGGGAUUGGGGGAAGCUUUACUAGUUGCAUUAUCCUUUGGAUUUUACAGUCUAUAAAUAUAAAGACUGUGUUUCCUGUUGCAGCUGCUUUUUAGUUUGCCAGUUGCUUUAUUUCUCCCUUCUGCCAGAAGGUGCCAAAUCAUAUAUAACAUGCUAUGAAUCUCAUUGUAAUCUGACAGAGCACAACAUGUUAAAAGAUUUUUUUUAUUGAGGAAUGGAUAAUUUUAUUUAAAACUGUCAGGGUGGGUGUUCAGUGAUUGAAAGUUGAAGAGUACAUUGAAUUCAGAGCAUAUUGAGGAAAAUGGAAGAUUUUAUUUAUUGGAUUUUAUCCAUGUACAAAGAUUUUUCUAUAGGAUGGAGCGAUAAGCAGCAUCACUCAGUGUUAGACAUAUUUACUGUCUGUACAGUAAAUAGAGGUGAAUUAUAGCAGACUACCAGCUAACAUAAUAUAAGCAAUACAGCGCAACUAAGGCAUGAUGAGUCAGCGUGGAUUUAAUGUUUAGUCGUUAGAGUGCCAUGACAGUAACAGAUUUAAAGGAUGUUUUUACACAUUUAAACAUACAAUAAUUUUCUAGUGCUUAAUGUUGAUCCUAUUGAAAUGAGCCAUUCACAGUAACAGAAUUUGUAAUUUCAUAAACUGUUUAGACAUUGCUUUCUGUUAAAUUUAACUGACCACAGAAAUUGGCUUGUUUGUAUGCAUGUGGCCUAAUGUUAUUUUCUCUAUACCUGCAGCAGCUCAUAUGCCCUCUUCACCUUUCCCUUUCUCCACUAUUUUUCUAAUUUUAAAUGUGGAUUGUAGGCUAAAACAGUGGAAAGUAUGCGACAUACAGUAGUAUCACAUCUUUUUAAAAACUCAAAAGGUAGCAGGGAGUUCUCUAAAUAACAUUGCCUUUUUCUCAAAUUUUCUUUUUAAACAAAAGUUUCACCCAGCAGGCUGGGUAAGUAAAACCCAUAGAGUACAAUAAUAAGAAAACAAAACACAAUUUUCAUCUAUGACAGAGCAGUAGCCAUAGAAUUACAGCUCAGGUCUUAUCCCUUGUGCAACAAUACAUUCUAAUAAAAAUACUUUCAGGGGCUUGUUUGUUAUGUAUUGCAGCUCUCGAUUCAUACCUAAUUUUGAAUACGGGAAGCUGUAAAUUGAGGAGAGUACAAACAUUGUGUAUAAUUGCCUUCUCCUCUAUGCAUGAUUAAUACUUUAAUAUGUGUUUAGCAUUUUUGGUAAACUAAGCCUUUGCUUUGUCAAUGUUGUAUUUUGUUUGCAUCAAUAAUGGCUGGUAUAGCUCAUGCAAUUUUCAGUAAACCAGUACAUCCCCUUCAUUCCUCUUCUGUCAUCAUUCAAUGCCCUUACAAUGUCAGCACAAGGUAAUAGCAAGUGUGUAAAUUGUUUUCAAAUGCAGUUUGUUUUUUUUAAGCAUUAGCCACAAAGCGCAAUUAUGAGUGUUUUUAAUCUUGCAGGUGUUUUUAAAUAAUAUUUUGACAUUUCACGAGGCACAGAAAACAGAUAAUUUCCAUCGAAGAGAAUGUACAAAACAUUCUGGAGGCACAAAAUAUAGAGCUGCUGUUCAUUUUAAAUGAAGUUGUGUUUGAUCUUUGCAGUAAAGAUUGAGCAAACUAGCAUUUGAAAUUACACAGUUGCAACAUGUUUAAUAAACAAGUCCCUGGUUAGAAAAUAGUAAGAUCUUUGUAGUGCCUGUGGUGAUUCUGAUACAAAAAUGUAACUGAAAAAAUAAAUAUACAAUGAGACAGGAAUAGUUAAUCUACAAUAGUAAUUCCAGCUGAUGCAGAUUGCAGAUGAUGCUAAUAGUCAAUGGUUACUUACUAGCUCUUAAUACUAAAAUCAUAGCCACAACAGUAAUUGUUCAGUGCAAGAGAAGCGUAGGCAAACUUCAUCAAGACAUAGUAUGUCAAAGUAGAUUCUAAAAUUCAUCACACAUCCUUGCAUCUCUUCAUGGUUAAAUAUUAAAGAAUGUUGCCAAAAUUUUAAUAAAGCGUAAACAGAAUUGUUUUUGGAAUAGUAAACAUUUGACGUGUUUUGCAUAUUGUAAAAAAAAAUCACACUGAAACUAGAAUUGUUUCUAAUGGUAAAUUAUUGUGGUUUUUGUUUCUGGUUUGUAUUGAGAGUUGACCUCUCCUUGUGGAGUUUCAUUUUGUUUGACAGGUGUAAAUAUAACAAUAUAUAAUUUUUGUGUCAGCCUCUUCUGUGUAAUGAUUGCUUCAGCCUAUAUUAAAGAAAUUUAAAGAAUCUA